UGUCUUUCCUCUUCUUAACUCACUCCAUCUACACUACUCGGCCAUGGCUACUUCAAUACCCAGUGCUGUCUCGGGGUCGUCCAGCACCGUGGUAGAGUCCGAGACACCACACCUCGGCGCUGAAGAACAGGUUUCUAGCGGUGUUGUGAGGCUGAAGCUGCACAAGCCAAGAACGAAGAAGGUUAGCUGGACAAAUGAUACAAUUGAUAAUGAAAAUAUGGGCAAGAAGAAAUCAAAGUGUUGUUGUGUUUACGUGAAGCCACAUGAAAUCAACGACAGCAGCUCGGACUCAGACGACGAGUGUCAACAUUGCUCGGGCCACGUAGAGAAGAAGAAGAAAAAUCAACCACAGUCAGAAGAAUCACAUGGCAAUGAGGAUCCGUCUGGGGGCAAAUGAACAUUAACAUGAAAUUUCUUACACAGUAAUUGAUUGACUUAGAUAAUAACUGCUGUACUGUACUCAUGUCAUCUUCCUUUACAGUUUGUUGUAAGAGGAAUGCAAAUAGAUGAAAUGGGGUGAAUUGUCAUGUUUUGGAAUGUAUAUGAGUAUUUUCCAUACCAAAUACUGUACCACUUUACUCCCUAGAGUAGAUGUUACUGUCACUAUCCUCUACCAGGGCCAAAUGUAGCUUCCAAAAACAUAUGAAAACUGAAACUUUAAAUAUUUAUUUUUCUUAAAAGCUCGUAAAAAAGACAUUGUUAUAAUACACAAUGGUUCAGUGUGCAAUUUUUUAUAACAUGCAAGCGUGUAAAGGUGGAAGGUUAUUUGGCUUGUUAGUAGAGUACAGUAGGAAGUAUUUCAAACAUAAUGGGACAACACAUGUAUAUUUGAAAUGCAGUAGACAGUAUACUGUAUAUGUUAAACCAAGUUUGAGUGACUGUUGAUUAUUCUACCUUGUGGACUACAAGUGAUGAAAGUGGUACUGGCUUCCAGGUUGUGGGAGUGAAAUGUUUAUGUACUAUAGUGGAGGAUAUUUUUGAUAGAAAGUUGUCAAUAUGCAUUGCAUAUAGUUAAUGGUUGAUACACAAGUGCUGUAUAUAGCUCGACUGUUACUGGAAAAAAGUAUUGAUUGUUUGACUAUGAUGGGACACACAUUACCCAUUUUAUGUACUCUUGUCUCCAGAGAUGAUGCAUAGAGUAUGUCUUGCACACUCACUUUUGAAGAAUUGUUAUGCUAUUGUUUGCUUUUGAAUUUAUAAUUUUUUAUAUUUAUACAGUGAUCCCUCGGUUAACGAGCGCCUCGGUUAACAAAAUUUCGGUUAACGAAUUACCUUCUAUAAGAUUCUUCACUUCGGUUAAC